AUGAAAAGCAACAGAUUUUUUGUUUCUGAAACCGCUUUAAAAAAGUCUAGCAAGCACUCUUCACAAGCUCAUGCAGAAGUGUUUUACAGGCUAGAAGAAAAUCAGCUUUUAACGGAUAACGAUGUAAGGACUAUUAUUACACACUCGAUUUUGAUAUUAGCUGCCCAAACUGGAUUUGAAGGAAUCGAGUGGCAAGCCGCCGUGAUGCUGACAUACACAGUCACGAAGUACUUGCGCAGGAUCUGGAAAAUAAUGAAUAUUUGCGACAAAAGAAGACUGGAUGGUCGCACCUCUGCGUUUGCGUGUUCCUUCUUGCAAGUCCUGCGAAUUUUAAAGAUAGAAGACGUCAAAGAUAUAGCGGAGUUCUACUUGCGCCGAGUGAUACAACGCAGAAACUCGCUGUAUGAAGCAUGUAUAAAAGAGCAACAACGAGCGGAACUCCAAGGAAGGAAGAGAAGGACGUACUACGAACCGGCUGGGGAAAAGGACAUCAGUAGUGCGUCAAGCCCUAAACAAAAAAAAUUCAGUGAUCCAGACUAG